GAUGGCUUUCCUCGUUUAUUUACAUAUUGUUGUAAAUUGUAAAACGAACGUUUUACGAAGAUUGAACACUUGGCCACAAGUCAAAUGUGAAAUUUCAUAUAAACAAAAUGCAUAUAAAUAAUAGUUAAUUAAUAAAUAAUUAAGAGUGAUAAAUAAAUAAUAAAUUAUGCCAGGACAAGACGCGGUUGCAGUGCAACCACCUCCAAUUGAAGGCGAACAUACUGCACCAUCAUCACAGCCAAUUGUCGGCAUCAUCUAUCCUCCCCCGGAGGUUAGAAAUAUUGUCGAUAAGACUGCUAGUUUUGUGGCUAGAAAUGGGCCUGAAUUUGAAUCAAGAAUUCGUCAGAAUGAGCUGGGUAAUGCAAAAUUUAAUUUUUUAAAUUUUGGUGAUCCUUAUCAUGCAUAUUAUCAGCAUAAAGUUAAGGAAUUUAAAGAAGGCAAAGGCCAAGAACCAGUUGGUAGUAUAUCAUCAAGAUCUACUAGUUUAACAACACAUCAAAAACAAUUAGAAAUAUUAAAACAAGUUGAACAGCCAUUUGUGCCAAAAGAUCCACCAGCUGAUUUUGAAUUUAUUGCUGAUCCACCAUCAAUAUCAGCUCUUGAUUUAGACAUUGUCAAGUUAACAGCUCAAUUUGUUGCUCGUAAUGGUCGUCAAUUUUUGACAAAUUUAAUGAAUCGUGAACAACGUAAUUUUCAAUUUGAUUUUUUACGUCCACAACACUCGUUAUUUCAAUAUUUUACAAAACUUUUGGAGCAAUAUACAAAAGUAUUAAUACCACCAAAAGAUUUAUUACCACGUCUUCGUGAUGAAACAUCAUCAAUGGAUUAUAUUCUUGAACAAGUAAAAUAUCGUGCUGAAUGGUUAAAAUAUCAAGAAGCACAACGUCGUAGAGAAGAAGAAGAAUUAGAACGUGAACGUGUUGCAUAUGCACAAAUUGAUUGGCAUGAUUUUGUUGUUGUUGAAACAGUUGAUUAUCAACAAUUUGAAGUUGGUAAUUUUCCAGCACCAACAACACCAGAUGAAGUUGGUGCACGUGUAUUAAUGCAAGAACGUAUUGAAGAUGGUGAAGAUGUUGAAAUGCAAAUUGAAAGUGAUGGUGAUGAUGAUAUGCCAAAUCGUAGUGAUAUUGAUAAAGAACGUUCAGCAAAAGAUAAUAAUCAAGUACAAGAUAUGGAAGAAGAUUCAAGUGAUGAAGAAAGUACAAUGGUUGAUAUGACAUCACAAUCAAAUGAUACAAUGAGAAAAGAUACAAGAUCAAUAAAUCGUGAUCAAAUGCAACCACCACCAUUACCACCAACACCAGGAAAUGUACUUGUUAAAAAAGGCUAUGAUCCAAAACAACAAAAUGUUAAUAAAAUAUCACGUCCAGUACAACAAGAUGAAUAUCUUAUAUCACCACUUACUGGUGAAAGAAUACCAGCAAGUAAAAUGCCAGAACAUAUGAGAAUUGGUUUAUUAGAUCCAAGAUGGGUUGAACAACGUGAUAAAAAUCUUGAUAAACUUGCACAAGAAACAGUAUUUGCACCUGGUACAGCAAUUGAAGCAACAUUAAAACAAUUUGCUGAACGUCGUACUGAUAUAUUUGGUGUUGGUGAUGAAGAAACAGCAAUUGGUAAAAAAAUUGGUGAAGAAGAUAAAAGAAAAGAUGAUAAAGUAACAUGGGAUGGACAUACAUCAAGUGUUGAAGCAGCAACACGUGCUGCAAGAGCAAAUAUAACUCUUGAAGAACAAAUUCAUCAAAUUCACAAAGUCAAAGGUUUAUUACCAGAUGAAGAAAAAGAAAAAAUUGGACCAAAACCAGUUACAAGUCGUGCUAUGGAAUUAUCACAUAUGGCAGCAGCUGCAUCAAAACCACAAGCAACAUUAAAAGCACCACCAAAACCACCAGCACCAAAACCAAUAUCACAACCACCUCAGCCACCUCAACCAUCACAACAACAACAGCAACAACAACAACAGCCACCAUUACCACCACCACCACCGCCACAAAUGACAAUGGCACCAAUGAUGCCACCACAGCCACCAAUGAUGCCACCACAACCACCAAUGAUGAUGAUGGCACCAAUGCCACCAAUAAGACCACCACCACCUCUUAUGGCACCUGGUAUGGCACCUGGUAUGAAUCCUGGUAUGAAUCCAAAUAUGUCACCAUUUAUGCAACAACCACAACCACCAAUGCAACCACCAAUGCCACCACCACAAAUGACUGGUAUGAAACAUCCAGCUGAUUCUACACCAAUGGAUGAUGAACCACAAAUUAAAAAAUUAAGAACUGAAGAUUCAUUAAUACCAGAAGCACAAUUUAUUGCUAGAAAUAAGGGACCAGUUAAUUUAAAUAUUGUUGUUCCAUUGAUGACUGAAAAAACUGAAUGGAAACUCAAUGGACAAACAAUAACAGUUACAUUAUUGCCAAAUGAUACUGUUGCAACUAUGAAAGCUAGAAUUUCAGAACUAACUGGAAUGCCACCUGGAAAACAAAAAUUACAAUACGAGGGUAUGUUUUUCAAAGACAACAACACAAUGGCAUAUUACAAUCUUGCAACUGGAAAUUCUAUAAAUUUACAGCCAAAAGAACGAGGUGGAAGAAAAAAGUAAUCUAUUUUAUUAAUGUUAAUAGAACCUUUCGUAUAUUUUAAUUCAUAAAAUCAAUAUACCAAUUUAUUAUUGAUAUGUAAUUUUUUUUUUUUGUUUUUUUUUUUCGUAAUAAUAGAUUCAUGCAAAUUUCAUUUUAUAAAUGAAAAACUUCAUUAAUCCUUUUUAUAUUAUAAGUUUUGAAAUAAUUGACAAUUAAAUUUAUUUAAAAAUGCAUUAAACCUGUGUUUUCAUUAAUAAAAUUUUAGCUAUUUUCUUCAAGUAAUCUAGCAAUUAUUUUUCUAUAACGUUCAAGCAUUGGUUUAUAUAUCUGUAAAUUAAAAAAACAUAUUAUUAUAAACUCUAAGAUAAUUAUAUUUAUGAAUGAAUAUGUAUUUACUGAAUCUGCAUCAUUGUAUGGUGUACAUAAUAGUGUAGGUUCAGGAAUGCUGUUUGUUAUUUGCUCGAAUGUCAAUUCAUUACGAUGAAGAGCGUGUUUAGCUUGAUAAGCAGCACCAAGUACUGCCGAGUUUGUCACUUCCUUCAUUAAUUCAAAUAUCAUGCAAAAUAAAAAAAACAAUCACUCAA